CUUAUCAAAACGCAUCGUUCUGUUGCUUACGCAAGCACACAAGCUCUCAAGAUACAGAGAGAGAGACCGAAUCGAUUCCAAAGUCUAUUCCUUUCGUUGCAAAGCUUACGAGUAUUCCAUUAAUGUAAGCGGCCAUAUAUCACUCUGCUGAUGUAGUAGUAUCUUCCUCCAGUGCUUAAAGCGGUAUUGAUGGAGGUUUGAUUCAUUAAAGUUGCUACGUGAGAGCGUUUUCAAGAAUCCUCCUUUGCUUUAGUCAGCUAAUCAUCAACGUUAUGGAACACCCUUUUGCUUCCAGAGACAAGGUGUUUGGUUAUCAAGAUAUGUCAACAGAAGAGAUGGAUGGUUUCAGCUUUGGUUCUGGUGUUAGGAAUCUGAUCUCUGACGAUAUGUUUAACUCAUCUUCCAACUCUGAGCUUAUGAAUUUCGACUCUUUCUCCACAUGGUGCAACAGCCCUUCUUCCGCUACUGAUAUCUUGUUUGCUCAAUAUGGUCUGUCGACGACCUCCCAGCCUAUGCCCUUUGGCGCUAUCACUUCAUCAGGUCUUACUCGUUCGUUCCAUGAUUUGGAAAGCUCUUACUAUGGUGAAGAAAGACUGUCAAUACAGGAAACGAGCUCUCAGUUUCAUCGCUCGUUCGAUGGUGAUGAGUUAACUGGCAAACGACGCAGGGUGGCUAUUCCCAACUUGAUGAACUGUACUAUUCCCAGGUCUUUGAGCCACUCGCUAGAUGAGAAGAUGCUCAAGGCAUUAAGCUUGUUUUUAGAGUCCUCAGGUUCAGGAGAGGGAAUUUUAGCUCAAGUUUGGACUCCUAUUAAGAUAGGAGACCAGCACGUGCUCAGUACAUGUGAUCAGGCCUAUUUGCUUGACCCGAGGCUGUCCCAGUACCGUGAAGUCUCGAGGAAAUUCACUUUUGCCUCUGAAGCAAAUCAGUGUUCUUUUCCGGGUCUUCCUGGCCGUGUCUUCAUCUCCGGAGUACCUGAAUGGACGUCAAACGUUGUGUAUUACAAGACGGAUGAGUAUCUGCGUAUGAAGCAUGCAAUAGAUAAUGAAGUCCGUGGCUCCAUUGCAAUACCUAUCCUUGAAGCUUCUGGGACAACUUGUUGUGCCGUCAUGGAGCUUGUCACUUCCAAGGAAAAGCCUAAUUUUGAUACGGAGAUGGACUCUGUUUGCCGUGCUCUCCAGGCUGUAAACUUACGGACAUCAGCGAGCCCUCGCCCUCAGUUCCUCUCCAGUAAUCAAAGAGACGCUUUAGCUGAAAUACAAGAUGUUCUCCGAGCAGUAUGUCACGCACACAGGUUGCCUUUAGCUCUAGCCUGGAUUCCUUGUAGUUACGGCAAGGGGGGAAAGAAUCAAUCAGGUGAAAGUUGUGUUCUUUGCGUAGAGGAAACAGCUUGUUAUGUGAAUGAUACGGAGAUGGAAGGCUUUGUGCACGUUUGUUUGGAGCAUUGUCUAAGAGCAAAGGAAGGAAUCGUCGGCAAAGCUUUCGUAUCAAACCAGCCGUUCUUUGCUUCUGAUGUGAAGGCUUAUGACAUCAGUGAGUACCCUCUUGUUCAGCAUGCUCGAAAGUACGGUCUGAAUGCUGCUGUUGCUAUAAAACUGAGGAGCACUUACACUGGUGAAGAUGAUUACAUACUUGAACUGUUCUUGCCUGUAAAUAUGAAAGGAAGCUUGGAGCAGCAGCUUCUAUUAGACAGCCUUUCGGGUACUAUGCAGAGAAUUUGUCGAACUCUUAGAACCGUUUCAGAUGUAGGGGAAACUAACAAAGAAGUGAGUAAAGCUAAAUGUUCAGGAAACUUCCGGACAAUGUUAUCAGAUUCAGAACUUAACUCUACUAGAAAUAUAUUUUCGGAUAUGUCCUCUGAUAAAGAUAACAGUAGUGCAGGCUCUCAAGGCACUUAUGAGCAGGAAAUGAGCAAAGCUAGAACACAAGAGAAGAAGAAAAGCACAACAGAGAAAAAUGUGAGCUUAAGUGUUCUGCAACAACAUUUUUCUGGGAGUCUAAAGGAUGCUGCAAAAAGCCUUGGUGGUGAGAUUUCCACAGUUUCUCUCAGGAUGGAUGCGUUUCUAUUACCAGACAAACUUUUUCUUACGCUUGAGUUUGUAUCUAAUCUUGCAGUUUGUCCCACUACGCUAAAACGGAUAUGCAGACAACAUGGGAUCAUGAGGUGGCCAUCUCGUAAGAUAAACAAAGUGAACAGGUCGUUAAGGAAAAUACAGACGGUGCUUGACUCUGUCCAAGGUGUGGAAGGAGGACUCAAGUUUGACUCAGCGACAGGCGAGUUUGUAGCAGUUUGCCCUUUUAUCAAAGAACUUGAUACCCAGAAGGAUCCUGUUAGAGGUCAGGAAGAUGUGGCGGCUCAAGAUACUUCGUUUGAGCUCUUGGAAGCUAAAUCAGUCGACAAUGAAAUCAAGUUAGAGGAGGAUAUCAUCACAAACGGAUCAUUCGUGGAGGUUAAUGCGAGUGGUCAGCAAUGGGCUUGGAUGGCUGAACAAUCUAGCUUCCAUUGCAGUGAAGGAAUAAAGAACAAUGGCAACUUAAGCUCUCAGGCAAUCAGAUGCAGUGGCAGUAUCAACGAACCGAACCAGUCCGUGUCAUGCAGCAUGUCAGGUUCAUCAAAUGGAUCAGGUGCAGUUAUGCUACGAAGCUCAUCGACUUCCAUGGACGAUAGUAACCAAGUUAGAACACAGAAAAGCAACAGCAGCGAGAGUGGAUCAACAAAGCUCACUGUAAAAGCUACUUACAGAGAAGACACAAUACGUUUCAAGUUCGUGCCGUCGCUUGGGUGUUCUCAGCUGUACAAAGAAGUUGGGAAACGUUUUAAACUGCAGGAGGAGUCGUUUCAACUCAAGUACUUAGACGAUGAAGAAGAAUGGGUGAUGCUGGUUACAGAUUCUGAUCUCCAAGAGUGCUUGGAGAUAUUAUAUGGUAUGGGAAAACACACGGUGAAGUUCCUGGUUCGUGAUUUGCCUGCGCCUAUAGGUAGUUCUGCCGGCAGCAACUGUUACCUAGGAACAGGCUUAUAGCAUCUACUGCUCAGUUAUGUUAUCCCUUGUGAAAGAAUGUUUUUUAUUUCUCCAUAUAUUAGUUUACUUAUAAGAAAAGGUAUGAGCUAGGGAUAAAGACAGUUUUGGCAUAGUGGAGUCGGGAUACUGUAUAUGUUUGUCCUUUUAUAUAAAUCAGAGAAUAAGAAGUUUGAUGUCUAA